AUGUCGACAGUGGGCACCAGCGACAAAGAUGACAAGUUUGCCAAAGUUCGCUCUGUUAUGUGCAUGCUGAACGAGCGAUGGCUUCGUUACUUCCCAGGUGACAUUUACUUAUCCAUUGAUGAAUCCAUGGUACCUUAUUUUGGAAGGCACGGGUUGAAACAACAUAUCCAUGGGAAGCCUAUCCGAUUCGGAUAUAAAGUUUGGAUAUUAGCUACAAGGUUAGGCUACGCUAUUCAAGCGGAACCGUAUCAGGGCAAAGCGACUGGAGCAACUAUUCCUGAGCUCGGGACCAUAAGGGUAGACAGAGUUGAGGAUGCCCCUCUUCGUAAACCUCAAGAUCUCAAGAAAGAACCAAGAGGUACUUUCCAUCAAAUAACUGACACAGACACCAACAUAACACUUGUAAGAUACAUGGACAACAGUGUUUUUACUAUAGCGUCGACAGCAACAGGCGUUCAUCCUGAGGGGAAAGCAAAGCGUUGGUCCUCUAGCAAUAAAAAACACAUCGUUGUGCCACAGCCAAACUGUGUCAAUUGGUACAAUAUGAAUAUGGGUGGGGUGGAUAGGCUAGAUGAAAAUGUAUCUACCUACCGUAUUCAUAUUCGCAACAAAAAGUGGUAUUGGCCAAUGGUUGCAUACAUGCUGAAUGUGAGUAUGAAUAAUGCUUGGAUUUUAUACAGAAUGACGCCAAAAGGAGCUGAAGAACAAUUAGAUCUUCUUGGAUUCACCCGCUACAUUGUCCGUACGUACAUGCGAACAUGCACAAGCCAUCGAUCCUCUGCAGGACGGCCAAGCCAGACAGUAUCCAGUAGGGUGUUGCCUGAAAUCCGAUUCAGUGGAAAAGAUCAUCAUUUAGAAAACAGUUCAAAAGCAAAUUCGCUGCGCACUGUGUUCCAAAGCAACAAGGAAACGGUGCAAGACUUGUCAAGUUGGAUGCCAUGUGCUUUGUGCGGAGGCUUUCCAUACUUCCUGAGGAAGUAA